AUGCUUCGCUGCCAGGUCGCCAAGGUCGCCAAGUCCCGGGGUCUCGUGCGCCGCUUCGCCUCGGAGGCCAAGGAGGCCAAGGAGGAGGCCGCCAAGGCCGCGCCCACGCCCGCGCCCGUCGUGGUCAAGAAGGGCGGCAGCUCCUUCUUGCAGCGCGUCGUGUCGUUCGCCGUGGGCGUGUCGGUGGGCGCCGGCUACGGCCUCUACGUGCUGUCGGAGGACGUGGAGCACUCGACAAAGCAGAUCCAGAGCUCCGUGGGGAGCCUCAAGGACGAGAUGAUCGCGCAGAACGCGGCGCUGUCCAAGCGGAUCGAGGCGCUCGAGAAGAGUCAGUAG